UUAUUGUCUGGUUGGGUUGUCCUUAGCAAUGAAAAACAUUUAAAUAACUAAUCAUUUUUUUGAAAUUUCAAAAUUGUCUUGUUCUCUUCAGACAAAAAGUGUUAAUGGGUCGAUUUCAAAUUAUUGAAUUACAAGCAUUUUAAUGCAUUGAAUGGGUAUAUUGCAGACUUAUUGAAGGGACCAUUAAUAAUUUUAUAUUUAUUUAUUCUUGUAACACCGUAAAGAGCUGAACUGACCUUGGUACAUGUAGUUAAGGCGGGAAUGUAUGGUGAUAGACGUUAAGUAACUUGAACACACGACAUCGUUUAUAAUAAAAUAUGUUAAUAUUUUGUGGUAAUAGAAUAAACAAUAUGAUAGAAAUAUAAAUGCUUUCAUUUUUAUUAUAAUAUAAAUUACAAUAUCGAUUAUUAGACUGUAGUCUUUACCUUUUAAUUAAUUAACAACGCUUGACUAAACAAAUAUAAAAUAUCUCAGACAUGUCGCUAACUCACUCAUAUAUCCGUUACACACGGAAGUGCUAUCAUUAAAUGUUAUAAUAUACAAUAAUUCUAUUACAGAGACCACCAUACACAUUCAAUAUAACUGUUGAUUAGUCAGUAAUUCGGUGUCGAUUGUGCGAUAGUUAAACACUAUUCGAUAGUUAUCGAAAACAUUCGGAUGAAUCGAUAGCUUUAGACUAUCGAAUAAUUUGAUAGUGUUCAUUUGGAGUGCCUAUCAUCAUUAGAUAAGACUAAUUCAUAUUAAGAAUUUAAUAGUAGUCAUUUCAUUAAUUAAACCGUUAAAGUUUUUUUAUCGUUUUUGUUCUAAACUAUUUGAAUGUUAUAAUAUAUUCGUAUACAAGUGUGUGUAAGAACUUUAAUUUAUAUAAAAAAGUUUGAUAUUAUAAUUUUAUUAAAAGUUUAUUUAUACAAAAUGGGACUGACAGAAGAGCAAAAAAAAAGAAUUGAAGAAAACAGGAAAAAAGCUUUAGCUAUUAAACAAGAGAAAUUCAAAGUUAGAAUUAAUUUACAUCCAUAUAAAAAAUCUACCCCGAAAUCAGAAUCAUCUACUUCAAGUAAUGCAAUUGUUGUUGCUGGUCAAUCUUAUGUUGAUACUGAAGCUGGAUUUUUACUCAAUAGUGAUGAUGCAAUAUCAAAUAAUAAGGUUAGUCUGAAAGAACCAUCAAAUCCAAUAAUCUCCAAAUUAGAGCAGCCUGUAUGUUUAGAAUGUAAUGAUGAAUUUGGUUUAUCCUAUUUAAUGACACAUUUUGAUCAUCCAGUGUGUGAUGCUUGCAAAGAUUUGUAUGGAAAAGAAAAAUUUGAUCUAAUUACAAAAACUGAAGCAAAAAAAGAAUAUUUAUUGAAAGACUGUGAUAUUGAUUUGCGCUCACCUCCAUUAAAAUAUAUCCUUGGUAAAAACCCACAUAAUCCUAAAUGGGGUGAAAUGAAAUUAUACUUAAUUCUUCAGAUUGAAAAAAGAGCUUUAGAAGUAUGGGGUUCUGAGGAAGAAAUAGAAAGACAAAUUGAGCUUCGAGAAGAAAAAAAAAAAGCAACUAAGUAUAAAAACUAUCAAAAAAAAAUUAAAGAGUUAAGGAUGUCAACAAGAAGUAGUCUAUAUACUAAAGUUACAAAUGCAUCCCAUGAACAUGAAUUUGGAGAAGAAAUUUACAAUAAAGAAGAUGAUAAUUAUGAACGUACUUGCACUUCUUGUGGAUUUCAUGAAAUCUUUGAAAAAAUGUAAUAGAAUAAUUGUCUAUUUUUUUUUUUUUAAUAAGUGUACCUGUUUUAUUUUUAUUAAUUUGCUGAUAUAAAUAUAUAUUAGUAAUAAAAGUUAAUAAAUAAAAAAAAAUUAUAUAUUAAUAGUCAGUAUUAUAAAUAUAGUUUUAUAUAAUUCAAUUUAAUUAACUUUUACACUUAAUGAAAUUGUAAUCUAUUGUUUUUUUAUUAAAACUUCAAAAAA